CUGUUGGUCUGUUUCCCUCCAGGUUUGUCGGGGUGAACGCGUCAGACAUCAACUAUUCUGCUGGCCGCUACGACCCCUCGGUCAAGCCCCCCUUUGACGUGGGCUUCGAAGGCGUGGGGGAGGUGGUGGCCCUGGGCCUCUCCGCCAGCGCCGAGUACACCGUGGGCCAGGCGGUGGCCUACAUGGCGCCCGGGGCCUUCGCCGAGUACACAGUGGUGCCCGCCCCCGCGGCCACGCCGGUGCCCUCGGUGAAGCCUGAGUAUCUCACCCUGCUGGUGAGCGGCACCACGGCCUACCUCAGCCUGCGUGAGCUGGCGGCCCUGUCGGAAGGCAAGAAGGUCUUGGUGACGGCAGCAGCCGGGGGCACCGGCCAGUUCGCCGUGCAGCUGGCCAAGAAGGCCAAGUGCCACGUCAUCGGCACCUGCUCCUCGGAGCGGAAGGUGGCUUUCCUGAGGUCCGUGGGCUGCGAUCGCCCCAUCAACUACAGCCUGGAGCCCGUGGGGGCCGUCCUGCAGCGCGAGUACCCCCAGGGAGUGGACGUGGUCUACGAGUCCGUGGGGGGGGCCAUGUUUGACCUGGCCGUGGACGCCUUGGCCACCCACGGGCGCCUGCUGGUCAUCGGCUUUAUCUCUGGCUACCAGACUCCUGCGGGCCUCACUCCAGUGAAGGCCGGGGCCCUGCCGGCCAAACUGCUGAAGAAAUCGGCCAGCGUCCAGGGCUUCUUCUUGAGCCACUACCUUUCCAAGCACCGCGCGGCCAUGGAGCACUUGCUGCGGAUGUGCGAGCUGGGAGAGCUGGCCUGCGCGGUGGACCUCGGACACGCGUCCGCCCAGGGCAGGUUCACGGGCCUGGAGUCCGUCUUCCGGGCUGUCGAUUAUAUGUACGUGGGAAAAAACACUGGGAAAAUCGUCGUGGAAUUACUUCAUCCUGUCAACAGCAAGCUGUAAAAACAGAACAAUGACAUAAAUCAAGGGAGAAAGAGAAUGGGCACUUUAUGCGCAGAAUUACUCAAAUCCAUUUAUUUUUAGUUGCUAAUGGGUAUAAUAUUUCUUAAAACAAAAGUAAAGUGUGAAUGAAUAGGGUUUCUCUUUUUCUUUGCUUUUCUGGUUGCUGUUUGGCCUUUUCCCUGGAAAACAACGUGCUACUAAAAUUUCCCCCCGUGGCUCGGAGGUAAAACCUUUACAUUCGAUGCUUCAGUCAGGACAGUCUCAUUCCAGAUUUUAUUGUUCUAGGAAACCAAAUUAAUUCCUUAUGCAAGAUCUGAUGAAAUCAGUAUGUCUUCAGCUGGAUGAGGUUUUAACAUCGGUCCUGAAAACAGUUCGCAGACUCUUUGUUUGGGGAGAGUCUGGCCCUGUGCUACUAAGUGGUCGGCACAUGGGCAACGCAGCCAGGUGCCUGUGCCCCGAGUUCACACCUCGUGCCACGCCCCUCCCGAGGCCGGCAGCUCAGCUACCUCAGUAGAAGUUGGAGGCAGUCAGUGCCCAAAGCCUUGGUUUUAUUCGAUGAUUAGGAAGACGACCGAGUGAACGCAGGCCUGUGUCACAGUCAGCCGUCCCCGUGACUGGUG